CCCGAACCCGUACGACCCCCCAUCACUUCCUCGUCGCGGUGAUCGCCUAGAUCCGUUCUCCAAACGCCCCUCUUCUAAUCUUUUCCUCGCCGAUCCAUGGCUUCCUCCUUCCCCCCAGGCCGCCCAUCGGGGUCUCGGCCCGGUUAUUAUCCCCCUACAACAGCAAACCCCACCCCUAACCCUAGCCUAGCAUCGUCUUUACCUGGCGCCAUGCAGAAUCUACAGAUCGGGCGCCCCCCUCCCGCAUCCCAACUUCCUCCAUUCCUCUCCGGCACUCCGGCCGCCGUUUCCGGGGGAUCUCGCCCCGGUCCUCCUCCUGAGGCUCUUCCCUCUCGCCCACAAUUUCAGCAGCCGCCGGUCAUUUCUAACGGUCCGCGAUUCCCUACCCCGGCAUCUUCAAGGGAACCUCUAACUUCUUCGAUUUCUACCCAGGGUUCUCGCGUUCUCCCAGGAAGCCCUUCCGCCAGCUCGCAGGCGAAUGAUAUGGUGCCACCAACGAUUUACACUUCAUCUUUUUCUGCUCCAGCUUCUGGUAUUCCGAUGGCUCCUCCUUCGAUGGUUAGCGGCCCUUCGCAAUUGCAUUCCUUGAUGGGUGCUCCGCCAUCCCAGCACUUGAUGGGAGGUCGGCCAUCCCAGAACUUGAUGGGAGGUCGGCCAUCGCAGCCCUUGAUGGGAGGUCCGCCAUCGCAGCCCUUGAUGGGAGGUCCGCCAUCGCAGCCCUUGAUGGGGGGUGCUCCCUCGCAGCCCUUGAUGGGAGUUCCUCCAUCGCAGCCCGUGAUGGGAGGUCCUCCAUCGCAGCCCUUGAUGGGAGGUUCGCCAUCGCAGCCCUUGACUGGAGGUCCUUCAUCUCAGCUCAUGAUGGGAGUUCCGCCAUCGCAGCCCCUGAUGGGUGUCCCGCCAUCCCAGCCCUUGAUGGGAGGCCCGUCAUCGCAGCCGUACAUGGGACCGCCACCGAUGCAUCAGUACUCAGGGCUGCGGCAGCCUCUACCUACUUCUGGUGCUGCUCCUCCAUUUGGAUCGCCUCCUGCUUGGCAACAGCAGCAACCCCGGCCGGGUGUAGCGCCCAUUUCGAGUAUGGUACAAGCACCACCACAGAUGUUUGGCGCACCCCCAAGCUUGUUAACUCAAUCUAUGCCUCCAGUUCCACCAGUGAUGGGAAAUUCACCACUUGCAGGGCAUCAUUCAUCAACUCCCUCAAAAAUUGAUCCCGAUCAGAUUCCUCGACCGAUGUCUAGUUCCUCAGUUAUUGUUUUUGAGACUCGUCAAGGAAACCAAGUGAACAAUCCCCCGCCCGCCACAAGUGAUUUUGUGGUGAAAGACACUGGCAACUGCAGUCCACGGUUGAUUAGAUGCACAAUGAAUCAGAUACCAUGCAGUGGAGACCUUUUAUCAACUUCUAGCAUGCCAUUGGCUUUGCUGGUACAACCCCUGGCAAUUCCAAAUCCGGCUGAGGAGCCUAUCCAAGUGGUUGAUUUCGGAGAGAUUGGACCUAUUCGAUGUUCUCGUUGCAAGGGUUACAUAAAUCCUUUUAUGAAAUUUGUUGAGCAGGGCAAGCGCUUUAUAUGCAACCUUUGUGGGCAUAGUAAUGAGACUCCUCGAGAUUACUUUAUUAAUCUUGGACCAGAUGGCAGACGUCGUGAUGCUGAUGAGAGGCCUGAACUAUGUAGAGGAACAGUUGAAUUUGUUGCUACUAAGGAAUACAUGGUUCGUGAUCCAAUGCCUGCAGUAUUCUUCUUCCUUGUUGAUGUCUCAAUGAAUGCCAUACGAACUGGUGCUACUGCAGCUGCUUGCAGUGCAAUCAGCCAGGCUAUUGCAGAUCUUCCGGAAGGUCCUCGAACAAUGGCGGGGAUUGCAACAUUUGAUUCUGCUAUUCAUUUCUACAAUCUCAAGCGAGCUUUACAGCAGCCUUUGAUGCUUGUUGUUCCAGACAUACAAGAUGUUUAUACUCCAUUGCAUACUGAUCUAAUUGUUCCAGUUGGUGAGUGCCGGCAACACCUUGAACAAUUGCUUGAAAGUAUUCCAUCGAUGUUUGAAAACAACAGAGUUGCUGAUUCAGCUUUUGGUGCUGCAAUAAAGGCUGCUUUUCUGGCUCUGAAGCCAACAGGGGGGAAGCUUCUCGUUUUUCAAUCAGUUUUGCCCUCUAUUGGAACUGGGUCACUUUCCUCAAGAGAAGCUGAAGGAAGAACAAAUGUUUCUUCUGGGGAAAAGGAGGCUCAUAAGCUGCUUCAGCCAGCAGACAUGACUCUAAAAACAAUGGCAAUAGAGUUUGCUGAGUACCAGGUUUGUGUGGAUAUUUUUAUUACCACACAGGCUUUUGUAGACAUUGCUUCAGUCUCUGUGGUUCCAAGAACAACUGGAGGUCAGGUUUAUUAUUAUUACCCAUUUUCUGCACUUUCCGACACUGCCAAGCUCUACAAUGAUCUAAGGUGGAACAUCAGCAGGCCCCAAGGGUUUGAGGCUGUAAUGCGUGUUAGAUGCAGCCAGGGUCUCCAAGUUCAAGAAUAUUCAGGGAACUUCUGCAAGCGUAUUCCUACUGAUAUUGAUCUUCCCGGGAUUGAUUGUGAUAAAGCCAUAAUGGUGUCUUUUAAGCAUGAUGAUAAAUUCCAGGAGGGGACAGAGUGUGCUUUUCAGUGCGCACUGCUUUAUACUACUAUUUAUGGACAAAGAAGGAUUCGAGUUUCAAAUCUCUCUCUUCCCUGCACAAGUAUGCUAGGAAACCUCUUUCGUUCAGCAGACUUGGAUUCACAAUUUGCUUGUUUUUUGAGACAAGCUGCAACUGGAAUCCCAACUAGCCCUCUUUCCCAAGUUCGGGAACAAAUUAUGAAUCUCUGUGUCAACAUCCUACACUCCUACCGCAAAUUCUGUGCUACUGUGUCAUCGGCCGGACAACUUAUUCUGCCGGAGUCACUUAAGCUUUUGCCUAUAUAUACUCUAGCACUGUGUAAAAGCACUGGUCUGCGAAAUGAUGGGCGGUUAGAUGAGCGAUCAUAUUGGGCCAGUCAUGUUGCGUCCCUGUCUGUGUCAUUCGCCAUUCCCUGGGUGUAUCCUAGAAUGAUAUCCAUCCAUGAUCUAACUUCAAAGGAGAACAAUGGCUCUAUACUAUCUUCUACACUUCCUCUUUCUUCGGAACAUUUAAAUGAUGAUGGGAUUUAUCUCCUUGAAAAUGGUGAAGAUUGCUUAUUUUUUAUUGGAAACAUGGUGAACGCAGAGAUUCUCCAACAGAUAUUUGGAGUAACCUCUGUGGAUGGACUCCCAACACAGUUUGUAUUGCAGCAAUAUGAGAAUACUUUCUCCAAAAUAUUAAAUGAUGUGGUCAAUGAGAUAAGGCGUCAGAGAUGCUCCUUUCUCCGUAUGCGAUUAUGCAGAAAAGGUGAUCCGUCGGGUCAGUAUGCAAGAAUGAUGCUUUUCCUCUCGAAUAUGGUCGACGACAAGGCCCCCGGUGGUCUUUCCUACGUCGAAUUUCUUGUACAUGUCCAUCGGCAAAUUCAAACAAAAAUGGCAUGAGUCGGCUUCGUUCUUUGGUAAUCUUUUCAAUGACUUUUUUGAUGUAUACAAGAGCAACAAUUUACAUAGAAAUUUGCCUGUUAGCGCUGUAUUCUGCUAUCAUUGCCAAUGGUCAUGAAGGCGUCAGUUAACGAACAAUAUUCAGAAUUUUCUGCCCUCCUGCGUUUUUUUUUGUCACAAAUGAUAAAUUUAUAUUAUGCAAAGAAUGAUAAUGAGUAGCUCAUCCAGUGUUUUUAAGUCUGAGAACAUUUGCCCAUUUUUGCCCGGGUUUUGCUAUUUAUAACCUGUACACUGGUCUGUAAUUUGUGCCAAUUAACAACUGCAAAAUGUAGAAAUAAAUAAAGCUGUGG